AUGUCUUCAGCAUCAGUAGAGGACCUCCUGCUGAGGUAUGAGGGGCACAUCGUCCCUCGUUCCUUCAACGCCGGCUUCAUCACCCUCAGCUAUGUCGUCAGUCUUAUCGGUGCCGCCUGUACUCUCGAGCUCCUCAACCGCCGGACAUCCCACAAGGGCAAAUUCAACCAGUACGACCUACUAUGCCCCAUCGCCCCGUGCCUGACAGGCUCUUCUUCUCGAGAGAUUCACUUUAUCGGCAACCGAGCUCUCGACCUGGGAGAUGGUGAGCCCGAGUUGCAGAUUGCCUACUCGAGUGGCUUCACUGCUCUCUCUUUCUUCGUACCCAUUGCUGUGCUUCUUGCCGCCUUCGUCGCCAUUGGCACGAACAAUGUCGUUUCAUGGUGGCGAGUCUCUGUUGGAGGCAUUCUAGCUGGAGCCGCCAUCUGUGGUAUGCACUACCUUGGCAACAACUCCAUCGACAACUAUGUCUGCAUGUACAACCCUCUCAACGUUGUCGGCUCGGCCCUCAUCGCCGUGGCUGCCAGCAUGCUAUCUCUCGCCCUGUUCUUCGUUUUCCGCGCAGCAUGGACAAACACGUGGUGGAAGCGCGCUGUAUGCGCCGUUGUACUCGCCGGAGCCGUGUCCGGCAUGCAUUGGUGUGCGGCGACGGGUACCGAGUAUCAACUCGUUUCCCUGAGCCCGGGUAACAACGAGUUGUCGAGGAACACGACUGUCAUUGUCGUCAUCGUCUUGUCCUUCUGCGCUUGCUCUAUCAUGGCCGGUGUCGCCAUCUACACCGCUCGCGUCCGGCGUCGUUACGCCAACAAGGCGCAGCAGGUCGUACUGGCUGCCGCUGUCUUUGAUCCCCAGGGCCGCAUCCUGGUAAACCCCGACGGCCUACUCCCUAGUGAGAAGAUCACCGACACGUUCCUCGAGAAGAACGCUAGCGACACGUUCGGCAUCGCCCAUCCAUUGUUCCACUGGAUGUUCCGCGCGUCCAGGAACUGGUCAAGUGUCGCUACGCUUGUCAGCGGCAUGGCGAACCAUCUGACGCACCUGCCACGUGCCACCCGAGACCGUGACUCGCGUGCCGCCAUUGAGCUUGUCGAUGAGCAGGGUGACAUGGUCGCCAACUACGACGUUAUCCUCCGCGAGCUCUUCUGCGUCGCCGCCCAGGGUCUUGCCGACAAGAUGAAGGAACAACUCACGUCGGUCGGCAUCCUCUGGGACGAGAUUCUUCCCACGGGCGGCGGCAACGAGCGCCCACAGAAGAGCAGCCACGGCGAGACAUCUGAGGACCUCGCCGAGAAGGGCAUACAGCAGCGCAGGAACAACCAAUUCGGCCGUGGUUCCCUCAUGUUUCUCGUCCGCCAAGUGCAGACGGACAGGGAUGUUGCGAGACUCGAGGCUGCCGGCUACCGGUUCGCCGAGCUGCGACAGGUCAGUGGUAUCAUCGGCUCAAGUAUGCAGAUCAAGUGCUGGGACUUUGAGUCGAGGCUGCGAAGCAUGGCUGGCUAUGCACAGGACGAGAGUCAGCUGGAACCCGGCGUGCACCUCGGCUUCUUUGGUAUCCGCGCCCGUGUCGGCAGCUAUGGUUUCGACGUGCUCGUCCGCCAGGGUGCUCGCAAUCUUCUCCCCAGCGUCCAGAUGCCCCUGAGCCGUCUCGAGACAUGGCAAGAAGAUCUCCUACAGGAACUUGAUGGCAUGACCGUCGUCAACAGCGCCAAGAGGCUCGAGGCUCUCAAGACAAUGUCGCCCCGCGAGAUGCUCUUUGCCUCGCAACUCUUUGACGGACUCGAGUCGCUCCGCGCUUGGAUCGACGACCCAGUCUUUGACGAGGCUCUCCUGUCGCCACAGAUUGUGACGUUGCCUGCCCGUGGCCAAGACGCCGAGCACAGCGCGAGGCAGCACCCGACAACCAUGAUCGCCUUCCGUCUUGUCAUCCCAAUCCACGUCAAGGUGUCCAGCGCUCGGUGUGAGUUUGUGCCACUCAACUUCUUCAAAAUCCACCAGCUCGUCGACCAUGACGGCAUGCACCAGCUGGCUUUCGCCCAGGCAGUGCACCGCGAGUUUGCCCCUAUCGCGCAGUCCGUUCCCCUCGAGAGGCCAGCGGCCAUCCUACAGAACAGACAGCGCAAGUCGUUUGCCUCGUCGCCGCGGGCUUCCCGUUUCCGCCGCCUUGGCCGCUCCGGUUCAUCGUAUGCCGUAGACGGUGACGGCAACCCCAUUCCUACGGCCAUCGGCCGUUCAUCGUCGCCAACCCACUCCAACGAGACAGGCUCUACUCUCAAGCUGUGGCCUGGCCGCCGCAACAGCGAUAACAACUCAGCCGGCAGUUCCUACGACGCGCCACCACCCGCUUAUGCAUCGCCCGAUAACACACCACAUGCGACAACUUUCGGCGGCAUCAUGGUCUCGGAAGAGAUCCGUGUCGAGAUCCAUGAGGCAGGCGAGCUUAGCCCCCUCCCCGGCCAGACGCAGCGCCGCACGCGCCGGUUGCCGCGACUACUGGGUCGCAGCGGACAUGGAAGCCAGCAGCGGUAUGCAAACGAGUCGGGUGCCACACAGAGGGCUACCAUGGUGACCUCUGGUGGCGGCGUUGGCGUCGACGACAGUCGUCACGGCGCGCCCAACGAUGGCACCAUCGAGAUGAAGACGUUGUCCGAGGUGCGCAGCAAUGUUCACACGGGCGCUGGCAUGCAGAUAUCCAAUAUUGAGGUCGAGCAGGCAAGCGAGGUGCCGACCUUCGUGGAUGAGCUGUUCACCAUCUGCAUCGAUGGCCGCUGA